GAACUCGUGUUGCGAAGCCUUCGUGUCGAACCUUUGAGCUUGUAGACGAGGGUCAUGGGGCAGGAUUAAGCCGGAACUGCGCCGAAUGAGGUGUCUCGUCUCGUGAGGAGCGCGCUCGAAACAGGUCAUCGUGUUGCCGAGCGGCAUGGCUAUGUUGGCGAGUCAUGGGAUUUGUGACAGCUCAGUUCCAAGGCAGCCGGUUGACUCACGGAGCCGAGCAUAUAAUGGAGAUGAAACGGAACAAACUAGGCGCCUUCUUUCGCUUCUCUUUGUUUGUUUUACUUGUGGAGUCUGUGGAGUUCGCUUCUGGAGAAUCACCAGGAUCGGUCGAUGAUGCGCCGAAGCUCUCACCUGCGUCCACUUUCAUUACGCGUCAGGGUUUAGCACGACAAAACUUGGCAUUCAGGCGACUCUAGCAGAAGAUAGACCUGUAAACCUUGCGUAACAGGCGUUAUCCCAGUUUU